AUGGGUUAUCAGAAUGAUUUCGAUCCAGAUAAUAAAGUAGCAAAACUGUCACAGGUUCUGGCCCACUUGAGAGAAUAUAGACCAAUAACAAUUUUGGAUUUAGAGAUCUGUUCGAUGUUUUUUACAGCACACGUGAAUGAAAAGAAUCUUGCUAAGGAGAAAAGGAAGAUUCGGAAGGAAAAACUUGACGCUAAGAAAGCAUUACAGUGUCGGUUGCUAUUUGAUGUGGCUAUAUUGUUGGAAUCAUGUUCCCUAGCCGCGGAUGAGGAUGAACUGCCACGGUUUAUAGACGUGGAAGUUGAACAUUCUAUAUCAUUGGGUAUUAAGAAAUUUGAUUUUGGUGCGCCAGAUCGUACUUGCAAGUGCUGUGGUGUUAUAGUUUGGCACCAAGAGAGGUCUAAAGGAAGCACUAUUGACCUGGAGUUUAGCAUAUGUUGUUCCAAAGGGAAUGUCAGACUCCCUCUUUUUAGAGAUGCCCCAGAAUAUCUAAAAAGGUUGUUAGACUUUAAUGGUGGUCCGUUGUCAAGGAAGUUUAGGAACAGUAUCAGGGCAUAUAACUCUAUGCUUGCAUUUACCUCAACUGGAGCAAGAUUUGAUAACAAACACAAUAGGAGAGGUAAGGGACCCUGGACGUAUAGAAUUCAGGGACAGAGCUAUCACAAAAUUGGUUCCCUGGUGCUUCCCAGAAACAAGGAUCCAGGCUACAACCAGCUCUAUGUAUGUGAUACGGAAUUGGCACAUGAAGCAUUGCGUCGGAUUUUCAAACAGACACAGCAGGAUGACUUGGGAGUAGAUGGUGCACAGAAGAAAAAAAAUGCAGAUACGGUCCAAAUGAAAAAUGCAAAUAAGAAGAAUGGCCACGAACAACACAUGGAAUCAAAAACACCUAAGAAGAGUGACAGUGAAUUGGGCUUGGGAGUCAUCACAGGUUUAAUCACUAUGAUGGAUCAAAAUAAUCCGCAUGCAAAGACAUUCAGGACGGCCAAGCAUAGAAUGCAAUCCCAACCCAUCGUCGAAUUGCGGGAUAUCAUAGUUGAACAUAAGGAAAAUGGCUAUACUAGAAUCAAGGAGAUACACCCAUGCUAUAUGCCUAUGCAGUUUCCUCUUUUAUUCCCCUAUGGUGAGGAUGGUAACAUUGACACUCCAUACAGGAAUGUGAAGAUAGGAAAAGAUGGUGUGAUAAGAAAGCGGCAACAGCUUACUAUGAGAGAGUAUUAUGCAUUUAGGCUGCAACAGCGACUCUGA